AUGAGCACAUCCAGCCACCCGCCUGGCAGUUCCGGCUCGCCCGACUUUAGAGCAUCAGCUGGCACAAGCAGCACCGCGAUCGACAAUGGUGCCCCGCGCAUGCGAUUACCAGCGCGAUCGCUUCCUGCCUGGAUCGAUUCAUACGAAACACGGUACGGCAAGCCAGCUGAAGACCAACUUCAACUACUGUCACCCCCAGCACGAACCGUCCCACCUCAUCACAAUCACUUGCCUAAGGAGCCUGAUCGUCGGGUGUCGCGAGAUGGCUAUGUCGACUUGACUGGCGACCCUAUCUUAGAGAAAGCUCGCCCGAACACGAAUGUCCGACUUACGGACUUCUUCCGCGGCAAGGGCGCGCAACACGGCAGAAAGUGGGAUCACCUACGGACUGCAGAACCCGUCAUCGUAUCGGCACACAGGCCCGCAACCCAAGGCCCAACAGCAGCAUGGAAAGACUUUCUCCAGUCGUCAGCCUACGGGCACAUGGAAGGCGAACAGUCGGAGGUUGUGGACGUCAGCAUGCUGGAUAGGCUGCAACCCGGUUUUAAUAAGCGGUACGACUCGCAUGCACACCGAGAUUUGGAGAAGGGAUCCACGAAACAGAGGAGAACAAAGACGAUUCGGCAAAGAAUGUGGUCUCUCAUUCUACGACACUACCUAGUACCCCUGGUUUUCCGACUGACGGUCAUGUUCACGUCCAUCAUCGCGUUAGCUAUCGCAGCCCGGAUUUACGAAAAGGAGAACGCCAAGAGCAGCGUCAGCCCGGAACGGGCGCAAAGUAUUGUCGCGAUCGCCGUCGACACAGUCGCAGUGCCAUACAUUGGGUAUAUGCUUUGGGACGAGUACACGGGCAAACCACUGGGCCUCCGACCGGCCAUCCAGAAAAUUGCCCUCAUCCUGCUUGACCUCUUCUUCAUUAUAUUCAAAUCAGCCAGCACCACCCUGGCAUUCGAAUCGCUAGUCUUCCAUAACGUCGAAGCAGGGCAAGUGAGGCAAUUAAGCCAGGCCCUGGCGUCUUUUAUGCUGGCUGGGCUGCUAGCGUGGACCUUGAACUUCAUGGUUAAUAUUUUCCGAACGGUUCAACGACUUGGAGGCGGCGAGGAUGAAAGCUCUCACGAUCGCAUGUAG